GUCGAAUUAUGAAACUUUUAACUUAUUAUUUUCUUGCAGCUUCAUUGCAACCCACACUCAAUUCAACCUCACAUUAAUUCCAAGUUCAAUUCCAACUUUACACACAUGGCAGCGAUAGUCUCAGGCUCAGGCCCAGGCUCGGACAUCCACAGCAGCCGCGUGCAGCUGCUCGCAUCGGCCGACGCAGACCAGGUGUACCAGGCGCUGCGCGCAAUCAAGAACAGCGUCAUCGGCAGCAGCUCAAAGAAGGCGCUCUACCUGCAGCUGCAGGUGGUGCCGGCAGUCGGCGCAGUGCUCACAUCCAGCGUGGCGAGCGCAGCCAGCCGCGUGCAAGCCACGGCCAUCGUCAGCAGCCUUGUGCGCAGCAGCGGCGCCGACGGCGCAGCAGCGGCGUCUGCGCUGGCAGCCGGCGGCGUAGUGGCGGCGCUGGUGCAGCAGCUGGGCGCGCUCGACGCGCCGCCGCAGCAGCCCGGCCUGGCGGGGGCGUCGCCGCAGCAGCUGGGCGCCCUGGUCGAGACGUCCGAGCGCGCACUCAACGCGCUGCUCGCGCACCGGCUGCCGGCGCUCGAGGCCGACGACGCGGCGCUGCACGCGCUGCUCGCGCACCUGCUCGCGCUGGUCGCGGCGCGGACAUGGCGGCGGCCGGGCAGCCGCACCGCCACGCGCGCGCCGAGCUGGCGCUGCUGAUCGUCGCGCGGCUGUGCGUGUCGCAGGCGCGGCAGUUCAUGGUGGCCAACGGCGGCGUCAUCCCGGCGCUCGUGCGCGUCCUGCGGCUCGCGCGCGCGGCG